CUUUUCUUUUGAAUUCCAUACUUCUUUAUUUUCCUCUCUCCCAAAAUUCAAAACUACUUUUUCCCUCACCGUUAACGGAAAAAAAAAAAUGCAACCUCCGAUUCGUAACCCUAGCCCUGACCGUCACCACUUCGACUUCCUGAAACCGCUUCUCAACGACUCAACCAAGCAAUUCUUGCUACAACACCAAACCGGCCGAACCGAUUUCUCCGAUUUCGAAUCAAUCUUCACUCGCCUCCUCAAAGACCACCCCGAUCCACCUCUCGAGCUCCUCUGGUUCUACUCCGCCGUCGUCUUCCACUCCUCGAAGAUCGAAUUCAACAACGACUCCGUCAAGCUAACGAGAAGCCUCUUCCAGAUGCUCGUCCCUCUCUCCCAGACCUUCUCCGGGGCGAAGAAGGUAGCUAUGCUGUCUCCUCUCGUUUACAAUCUGAAUCGGUUAGUUGAGACUAGGAGAGGAGACGUUUUGGAGUUGUUAGAUGCGAUUGUAAGUUACGUUAGCGCGUAUUGUGUCGAGGAUGAACAGGGAGAUGUAGAGGAUGGUUUGUUGAUGGUGACUGGGUUUAGUUUCGCUGAUUUGAGUCAGGUUUGGGUUGUGGAUGAAGUGGGGGAGAUUCGGGGUGAUUGUUUGGAGAUGUUUAUGCCUUUUGUUAGUGAAAGAUUGCGUAGAGAGGUUGGUUCUGAGUCUUGUAGCGUUGGUUACUUAGCUGGAAUUGUAGCUUCUCAGCUUCUUUUGCUCAAUUUGGGAUUGAGGUUUGAUGAUUCGGUGUUACGAAAAGAUCUGCGAGAGUAUGUGCUUGAGAUGAUCAAAGGGUUCCAUAGUUGCUACUUCUUUGAUGGGAUUCUCAAGAUGCUUCUGGUGGAGCCACAUCUGCAUCUCACUCCACUACUGGGUCCAGAAGAUGAAGCUACUUUAACGGGAACCAUAACAGAAGCUGUGAUUGAAUCAGCGGAGGAGCUAUUCCUCAGUCCUGGAAGUGGAAAUUCUCAAAGAAGUUUACAGUUAAAGAACAUUGCUAUCAACUGGUUGUUACUUUUUGGCAAGGCUUCUCUUAGGAAAACUGAAGAUCAAGAGGAAACCAGCAGGUACAUGAACAUGUUCUCCAAGUCAUGUAUACCUUUUCACUUGAUCAACUGGGUGAUCAGUCAAGGUGAAGUGAUUAGAGAUGUGGACACUCUGCUAAACUCCACGCCUUUAUCCUUCAUCGAAUGGCUUGUAUCGCUUGAAGAGCUAGAAGUAAAGGUUUUUGACUGUGAAGAUUCAAAGAAUUAUGCGAAAACAGUGAUUCACUGGUCAAGAUCAGAUCUCAGUCUCGAAGCCACAUUGAUGAAACAACAAGAGGAGGUUGAUCAAGAUGCAAACAUGGGUGAUGAUCAUCAAAUUGUGUCAUCUAUCUCAAGAAAACGUAAAGAAGAGAGGCCUGAUCAGGAGGGUGGUGAAACGAAAAUGAAGCUCUUCAAACACAGACACAACAACUUUCAGCAGGAGUCCAGGUUGCAACCUUUCGUAUUCUCGGAUCGUUUGGUGAAUGGGAAAGAGGUUGGAGUUUCAGACAUGGAGCUCUGAGUGCUCAACAACCACUUGAAAAUCGACUUAGCAUGAGACCCUACAUAUGGUAGAAAUGCUGGGGAAGUAAUAAUUGUUGUCCAGAGAUUUUAACAAGUCAUUUUGUAACUUUUAGGAUCUACUUAACCAAAAAAAAAAUCUAUUAUUGUGGAUCUUUAUAUCGUAGAGUAAACUCUUGAAGUCCUUUAUAGAUCAGCAGUGUCUUUGAAUCGCC